UGGAAAAACUUGACAGCUAAAGAAACAAUUUACCAUGUCAAAUAUCCAAGCAGACGUCUCACCUGGAGACGAUUUUCCCCUCCAUCACGCAGUUUUCAGUGGCGACACAAAACUUGUAUCUCAGCUAAUCAGGGUUCAUGAUCUUGCUCAAAAGGAUGUUCAUGGUAAUACACCACUGCAUUUGGCAGUGAUGCUUGGCCAUAAAGAAUGUAUAAUGUUGCUGCUCUCCCGAGGAGCACCGGUGAAGGUGAAGAACAACACAGGCUGGACACCGCUUGCAGAAGCUCUCAGCUAUGGAGACAGAAAAAUAAUUGGCAUGUUACUGCGGAAGUUAAAGCAGCAGUCCCGUGAGCUGCUGGACCAGAGAAGACCAGCGCUUAUACAGGCCUUGGAAGAUAUAGGAGACUUCUAUCUAGAGCUCAAGUGGGACUUCCACAGCUGGGUGCCUUUAGUUUCCAGAAUUCUGCCAUCAGACUUAUGCAAAAUACACAAAAAAGGAUCAUGUAUAAGACUAGACACAACAUUGGUGGACUUUAACGACAUGCGCUGGGAGAGAGGGGACAUUACUUUUGUUUUUAACGGAAAGGCGAGUCCUCAUAAUGCCCUCACCGUCAUGGACAACAAGCUUAAGGUCUACCAGAGAAUUCGAUAUGAGGAGACGGACCAGGAGGUCGAGGAGGAGAUAGACAUUCUGAUGCGCAGUGACAUCAUGGCCGCCCAGAUGUCCACGAAGAACAUCACCUUCUCCCGCACACAUAGUGGAUGGCUCUUUAGGGAAGAUAAAACCGAGAAUAUAGGCGAGUAUGCAGCUGAGUUCUUCAACAUCAAUGGUUUAGUAUUGGAGUCCAAGAAAAGACGAGAGCACCUGUCUCAAGAGGAUAUACAGAAGAACAAGGCAAUGGUGGAGAACCUUACCAAGGGAUCCUGGGAUAACAAAGAGUUUAGUCGUCGAUCAUCACUGCCACCCCCAGAGUCACCAACUGUCUUGUGGGAAGAGUACAUAUCAGCUCCCAUAGGUAACGUUCCAUGCAUUGGCAGGCCACACUUGUCCAAGGAGAGCCAGAAAAACUUCAAAGCUACAAUAGCCAUGAGCAAAGACUUUCCAAUGACAGUGGAUGUGUUGCUAGAUGUACUGGAGGUGAUAGCACCCUUUAAACAGUUCCAGAAACUCAGAGACUUCAUGGAGAAUAAACUUCCCCCUGGUUUCCCUGUUAAACUGGAGUUGCCAGUCUUCCCCACAGUAACUGCCAAAGUGACAUUCUGUUUCUUUGAAUGGCGGGAUGACCUUUCAGACGAGCUUUUCUCUAUUCCGUCCACGUAUCUCGAGGACCCAACCCGAUUUCCCGAUUUAUGACUCCUGCAA